CAAUAUUUGGAUCAAAUACUCAAAUGGCCGAGUUUGAAGAUAAAAGAAUCUGCUUUAUUUCCUUUAUCUCCCGAGACGACAAGCCGCUCUACAUCCAAUCGUUUGACUUGGACACCAAACAAGGAGACACCAUAAAUGCUAAUAACUUUCUCAAGUACAACUUUCUUUCGCACAUGGCGUUGGACAUAAUCACAUCUCCAGCAUCCAUCAGCAUACGAGAACAACAACAAGAAGCAGAUGUGCGCAACGGAGCAGUGCUUCUCGUCGUGUAUGACGACGUCUCGGUUUAUGGGUAUGAGUCGAACACGGGGCUAAAGAUCAUCAUUGGGUUCAACAAUCAGACUCAUUUGAACCAAGAGGAAUCUAAAAUGGUUACAUUAAGGACGUUAUUUCUUCUGGUGCACAAGGCGUACGUGAAAACGAUAUGUAACCCAUUCUUGGAAAUUGAUUCGUCUGGCGACAUCGAGGGCAUGUUGCAGAACGAAGUGUUUGACAAGAGCAUAAAGAAGAUAGUCAAUGACUGGAACGACGCUUGACGAAAAGUUUAUAAGUACGGUACUCUGAUACAUAUCAUAAAGUUUAUUAAGUAUAAACACAUCGCUACUCUAAUACAUAACAACAAU